AUGGCUGAACAGGAGGCCCCAGUCGCGGUCGAGGCACCAACCCCAGUUCUUGGAGAGCCGAUGGACUUGAUGACUGCGCUGCAGCUCGUGAUGAAGAAGUCAAGUGCUCACGAUGGACUUGUCAAGGGUCUUCGUGAGGCUGCCAAGGCCAUCGAGAAGCACGCCGCACAGCUUUGCGUGCUUGCUGAGGACUGUGACCAGCCUGAUUAUGUCAAGCUGGUGAAGGCGCUCUGCGCUGAGCACAAUGUUCACCUGGUCACUGUUCCUGCUGCUAAGACUCUUGGCGAGUGGGCUGGGCUUUGCAAGAUUGACUCUGAGGGCAAGGCAAGGAAGGUUGUAGGCUGCUCCUGUGUCGUUGUCAAGGAUUACGGUGAAGAAUCUGAGGGCCUUAACAUAGUGCAGGAGUAUGUCAAGUCGCACUAG